AUGGAGGAUACACCAAAGAGCACAACCAACGCAGCUGGCACCACAGGGCAACAUGAUCAUCUUGACCGCGCUUCACUUCUCGCUCUUCCCAAUGAACUACUAUUCAAAGUUGUGAGCUACCUGGCCCCGGAGUUUCAGCUCGUGAUGAGGCUUUCGUGCCAACGACUUCGUGCUCUCCUUGGCCACUACCGACACAAGACGGCCUCUUGUAGCAAUAUGGCAGUCAUGGUCCGGUUUGCACGGCUUUUGGAACCCGAUUAUCCGGAAUGGCUAACAUGCUGCCAUUGCAGCCUUCUGUAUCACUGGCAGAGGAAUGAGCAGUCUGGCUAUAGGUGUCCGUGCCACAAGCAUGUCUUCGUGAGCGCGAAUAGUCAAGACUCAUCAUUUCCGCAAAAACAUCCGCAGUCUCUGCAAGCGGUAUCGAGAAACCGUCAUACUCUUUGGAUAACGUCCGAGAUGAUCGACCUGAUCUUACGAGCCUGCGAGUAUGGACCCGCUUAUGGCUUACCUUUAUCCUUUUUGCACAUGAGCGGCCGUGAUAAAUACGGCAUCUAUCGAGAGCAUGAGGCACGUGUAGCAGAUGGCCAACUUAUACUGCUUAGUCAAAUGGAGGCGGAGAUGGAGUCGGGGCAAGAAAGGGCAGUGAUGGGGCGAUCCUUCCUCUUGGAGUUGUGUCCACAUGUGGAUAGGGCUUCGAAAGUCAUUGGCGAAACAUGGAAGAUCUACACCCAAGGCGUCGCAUGGCUGGCAUUGGGCUGGAACAAAUUUAAAACGAUCAAGUGUUCCUCCUGCGAAACUGACCACCAAUUACGUGCAAUGAAAAGCGCAGGGAAUCGGACGACACUUGUCCUAAGUAUAUACAGAAACUACGGACGACGAAGGAGGAACGGACUACCGGAUGAGCAGACCUUUGACCCAUUGCUUGGUGCCACCAGAGGCGCGGAGAGGGAUUUGCAAGCAGCCUUUGAAUCU